GUUAAAAGGAAAAAUAAAGAAAAUUAAAAGGAAAAAGAAUAAAAAACAAUCAAGAGGGGUCACAAGACGAGACACGACGUAGCAUCCGUUGCUAGCUAGCUUCGUUCUCUCUAAAAUAAACCCUAAAUUAUCCGCGAGAUCGAUCGAAUCCGAUAAUGGCGAAUAGUAAUCUACCGCGAAGAAUCAUCAAGGAAACUCAACGGCUGCUUAGUGAACCGGGUAAGCUCUCAUCGCUUCGUUAUAUCCCUGUUGAUUUUGAUAUAGCUGCUAUUAUGAAAUUGAAUUUAGGAAUAUUGGUUGUGUGUGUUGGUGCAGCUCCGGGGAUAAGUGCGUCUCCGUCAGAGGAGAAUAUGCGAUAUUUCAAUGUUAUGAUUCUUGGUCCUACCCAGUCUCCUUAUGAAGGAGGAGUUUUCAAGUUGGAGCUCUUUUUGCCUGAAGAGUAUCCUAUGGCAGCUCCCAAAGUUAGGUUUCUCACCAAGAUUUACCAUCCUAACAUUGACAAGCUUGGAAGAAUUUGCCUUGACAUAUUGAAAGACAAGUGGAGUCCUGCGCUACAAAUAAGAACUGUGCUCUUGAGUAUUCAAGCUCUUCUAAGUGCACCAAACCCAGAUGAUCCACUCUCUGAGAACAUAGCUAAGCAUUGGAAGAGUAAUGAAGCUGAAGCUGUGGAGACAGCUAAGGAGUGGACUCGUCUGUAUGCAAGUGGCGCUUGAUGGGGGGAGUGCAACAGGAGAAAGAUCAUUGUCAUUUAAAUAAGAUUAUAUAUGGUGAAACACUCUAUCUCAAGGUUUUAUCCAAAUCCUUCUUUUCUAAAACAUGGAAAAAAAAAGAUUUGUACUCUCUGGAUAUGUAUAACUACUAGGGAGGAUUUAAGACUAGUUUACCCAUAUUUGCAAACUAACUUUCUUCAAA